AUGGGGGCAGGAAUAGAGAACAUCAUGGCAAGUGUGGCUGCAGUUGUGAUCUGGGCUCUGGCCCUCCUCUCAGUGCUUUCAAUCACCCAGGCACGGAAAGACUUCUGGGACUAUUUCACCCAGAGCAGCAGGGACAAAGGCAGGGUGGAGCAGAUCCAGCAGCAGAAGCUGGCACGGGAGCCCGCGAGCCUGAAAGACAGACUUGAGCCAGACGUCAGCAAUAUGGACAACUUCCUGGAAAAGCUGGGCCCUCUUAAUGGGCAGGGGAGGGAGUCUCCCGGGCUCCCACGCGACCCGGUGGGCAUGCGGCAGCAGCUGCAGGAGGAGCUGGAGGAAGUGAGGGAGCGUCUGGAGCCCUACAUGGCGGAGGUGCACGAGCGCGUGGGCUGGAACCUGGAGGGGUUGCGGCGGCAGCUGCAGCCCUACACGGUGGAGCUGAUGAAGCAGGUGGCCCUGCGCGUGGAGGAGCUGCAGGAGCAGCUGCGCGUGGUCGGAGAGGGCACCAAGGCCCAGCUGCUGGGGGGCGUGGAAGAGGCGCGGAGCCUGCUGCAGGAUCUGCAGGACCGCGUGGCACACCACACUGGCCGCGUCAAGGCGCUCUUCCACCCGUACGCGGAGCGUCUGGUGACAGGCAUCGGGCACCACGUGCAAGAGCUGCACCGCAGCGUGGCGCCGCACGCGGCCGCCAGCCCGGCGCGCCUCAGCCGCUGCGUGCAGGUGCUCUCACGCAAGCUCACGCUCAAGGCCAAGGCCCUGCACACGCGCAUCCAGCAGAACCUCGACCAGCUGCGCGAAGAGCUCAGCGCCUUUGCUGGCGCCGGUGCUGACGGUGCGAAGGAAGAGGCCCAGCCGGACCCCCAGGUGCUGUCUCAGGAGGUGCGCCAACGACUCCAGGCUUUCCGCCACGACACCUUCCUGCAGAUUGCCGCCUUCACCCGCGCCAUUGACCAAGAGACCAAGCAGAUCCAGCAGCAGCUGGCGCCGCCUCCGCCAGGCCACAGCGCCUUCGCUCCAGAAUUCCUACAAGGGGACCGAGGCAAGGCCCGGAGCGAGCUGCAGGCCCGCCUCGACGACCUGUGGGAAGACAUCAACUACAGCCUUCGCGACCAUAGUCCUGGCCACCUGGGGGAGCCCUGAGGGUCUACUUGUCCACGUCCCAGAUUCUUGUCUGGGGAGCCCAAGAUCUGAACCUCUAACAUAGCUAUGUCCUUGACAGUGGCCUGUUGGGCAGAGGGUGGAGGGCCCUGCACAGGAUAGCUGAGGUCACCCAAAGGGCUGUUGUCCUAGGCCAUCCAGCCACCUGCAAUUCCCCCGUCCGGAUGCAUUACAUUCACCAGGCUUUGCAAACCCGGCUUCCCGUGCUCAUUUGGGAAUCCUCCUGAGUUGCUCCAUUCUGGGGUGGCGGGAGAGGGUGGCAAGGAGGCACAGUAUGUGCAGGGUCAUUAUGUGCAAGCCUGUUGCCAUGGUGCUGGAAGCCUGCGCCACUUCUUCCCAGGGCCAGGCUCUGAUCACUUCUGGCCACCUGGUGGCCAUUGCUAGAGCUGGUCCACAGAGAGGAGCUCUUUUCUCCCCAGGACUGCCAUGACAGCUUCUGUUGGGGGAAGAGAAGGGAGAAAGAGCAGAAAAUAUGAUGAAGAGAACAUGUGAUGGUGUGUGUGUAUAUAUCCCUGCUGGCUGAUGCUGGUGUGGACAAAUGGUGUGGGUCGUGAUGGGAGGGAGCAGAGCCUGGAUUUCCUUACAUAACACUACAUCUAAACAGCUGAC